GAUGUCUACGUUCCGGCCCGCGGGACUCUCCGACUCGGAUUCGGAUAGCGAUGAUUAUGGUUUCGAAAAACCGGCUAGAAGAUAUUAUAAUCCAGUCCACCAGCAAAAUGAUAGGAGAAGGAUUGAAAAUACCUUACAAGAUGCCAUUAUCAAUGGUAAUCUGGAUGAUGUCAAAACAAUCUUCUCUAAUGAGUUGAAAAACAAUGCAAACUUCAAACUAGACAGUGGAUGGACUCCACUGAUGCAUGCCUGCUUCCACGCACAGGACAAAAUUGUGGAAUACCUGUUGCAACAAGGGGCUGACCCCAAUCUACACUCCGAUUCUGUUACUCCGGUGAUGGUGGCAUGUUCAAACUCCAGCGCCAGCGAUGAGGCGAUCGUCAACAUAUUUGGUAGUCUAGUGGAAAAGGGUUGCCUGUUGAAUAUUGGCGACAAGUAUGGUCAGACCCCGCUCAUGAGAGCGAUCAGUAGCGGCCGGCUGGAGGUGGUCCAAAAAUUGAUUGAUUGCCAAGUUAAUAUAGAGAUGCGAGAUCAACAGGGUUGGACCGCACUUUUCUGGGCAGUACACCACAAUAAGCCAGAAAUCCUCAAACUACUUAUAGCCCAUGGUGCGAGAAUAAGAGAGGUAGACAAAAAUAGCCGCACCCCCUUAGACAUAGCAUAUUCACACGACCACCAACAAAUAAUAGAUGUUCUAAAUCCACACUUCAAGAUUGAUGCCAGUACUGACGCUGAUGUUAAUGUUGUGAAUGAUAUUAGUUCUUGGCAUGAUUUCUAUCCUGGUAUAGAGAAAGGUUUCAAGCCAAAUUACGCCAGCGAGAUCCGUCAUCUCCUCUUCGGGAUGAGCUGCGAGAGGCUCGGCCCACUAAUACACCAAAGCGGAAUAGAUCUAAGGACUUUCCUACUACUUGAAGCGGAUGAUAUGGCGAAACUAGGAAUAAACAUGCCCUUCGAGAGACACAGGCUGGAGAUUGGCCUUCGGAAUUUUCAUACUAAGGGCUGGAAUCUUAAUUCUGUGGCAGGAUUGUAUGCGCAGAAACAUAAGAAUUAUAGUGUAUUAGACUGUUUAACAACGCUAGGCACUCACCUACAACAGAUAUACAUCUUAGAAACCACAGUGCAAUACGCUCUACGGGAGUAUAAGAAAGUACAAGAUCAAAUAAAGUUCGAGCCACCUGACUCGCCCAUACUUACCAAAUUGAAGAACACGGCAACGAAGUUGCUUGCAAACAUUAACAAUAUUAGGGGCGAAAUGAAGAUUAUGAAGAGUAUUCUUGUAAAGGUAACCAAGAGGAAUCCUAAACCCGCGGACCUCAUCAAAGAGAGAUCGUUACAAGAGACAGUGUUGUGUUACGGUAAACGGGCCGCUGUUAUAUGUUCCCUCGGCUUGGCCAUCAGGUACAUGCUUCCUAAUAUUGUUAAAAAAUAAAAUAUGCACAAGUCAAAA